AGCUUCCCUCCCCCCUUCUCCCACACGUCUUUCUUCCUUCUCUAGGCAGGCAACCAUUCCUUGAUCCUCGCUUCCUACGUACCAUCACCACUUUGGUCUCUUCUCCUCAACGAUAUCAUGGCCCCCGUGCCCCGUGCUUAAUCUUAGUACGGGCUGGAGAAUAUUGGACGCCCCCAAAUAAACAAAGACGAAAAGGAAGUACAGACCAGCUCGCGACGGCUGUGGCUCCCGGUCCGCGGCCGACGCUGCACGCGACAACGGCGUCAGUAACAACAGUGGCCAGUCUAGCGUGGACACUACUGCUGUUUGGACUCUGGACACUGCCAGCGAUGGGUAUUCAACCCCUCAACCUCGUCCAGGUCACGCGCCGCCACAUGGGACGAUACGUGACCCAGGGGCCAGCUCCCAGGACGCCAACAAGAGCCAUGCUUCCCAACAUGUCGAGAAGCGUGAGGAGGUCUGCGUCUUUGGCAGAAACACAGCCAGCUCGCAGCCCAUAAGCUCCCAGUCCGACUUGCAGGCCGUCGAUGCCUGCAGCCGCGCGUAGCUGAGCCAGGACGAGGACGGCCAGAAAGUCGGUCGUAAGCGUUUUCAGCCGCCAACCGUGACAGCAACGACAACCGCAACAGCGACGAGG